AUGCGCAUUCCUCAAUGGAGUCAAAGGGCGCUUCAAAUCCCCGAGGCCCCUGCAAGAGGUCUCUCAUUCAUACGCGGCCAUGGGAGAUUGCCUCGAGCUUCUUCGUCAUCUGUAAGAACUGGUGCUGCCAAAGACGAUCGCCACCAAAACAAGCGUACCCCUGUCUCUUGGGCUGCAGAAUAUGGUGCCUUAGAUUGCGUGAAGAUUCUUUUGGAACACGGAGCGAAACUCAACUCCACGGAUGAUAUGUAUUCCACCCCAUUGUCGUGUUUAAUUCAUGCGGGCCCACAUACGGAUCAAGCAAAAGCUACUGAAGUCUACCUGAGGAAGAACGGCGCCGUUGGAUCUUGA